GCGCCAUUUUCGUCAUGUUGGUAGUUCGUUUUCAACCACCAACCAGUUGCCGGUCAGUUUCUUGUUUGUUCAGAUGUUAUGUGAUUUUAACAUAAAAAUUUUGUUUUAAAGCGUUAAACAGUUACUUUUUGUGAAAAGUGUACCCGUGUAAAUAGUUUAAAUCCGAUUUCGUUUUCGUUGUUGGUUCACAUAAAUCGUUUUACCAUGAAUUCUCCGCCGCUGUCUCCGUUGAUUUAUCCCCCAUCUUCCGACACUUACUGUCCGAGUCCCACGCAGAUGUCGCCCAUCAAGUAUGAAUCGGUUCCGGAAGAAUCCCAAGUAAGCCCAGAAAACAGCCCAAAACGUAAUUCAAAACGCAAACUGUCCAACUUGGACAGCACCUGCGGGGCGUGCAAUCUGGAUGUGGAAAAGCCCAAAUUGUGUUGCAACUGCUUCGAAUACUUCUGUGAGAAAUGCAUCAAUUUGGAGAGAAUUUGUUCAAAAUGUGCGGAUAAAUCAGCGCUUCCAAAGAUGCCUCCGAAUUGUUCCGGGCAUGGCAAAGAAUUGGCCUUUUUCUGUUUGACCUGCGAGACGGAGAUCUGCUCGGAAUGCAUCCUUGAAGCAACCGACCACAAAAGACACCCAUUCGAUCGUAUGGAAGCGGUUUACCAAGAGAAAAUUGGCGUAACAGAUGACAAAAUUGCCAAAAUCGGUCUACAGAUCGAAGAGAUUGAGAAACACACGGAAAUGGCCAAGAAAAAUCUGAACCUGAUCAAAACCGUUGGCGAUGCCAUGCUGGCCGAACUGAAAGCCAUUCACGAUGCGGCCAAAAUGGAAGUACAGGAAAUUGUGGACGAAAAACGCGAAGAGCUGGAAAAACGAAUCAAUCUCCCGGAAGAUCGGAGGGCGCUGGUGAAGCAGAUCCAGGAUGAGAUCAAAGCGUUGGGACAUUUUGGCUUCAUCAAACAGCAGGACCGGUUCAAUGAACAGUGCGACAAGGUUUUGGAGCAAUGUCGGCAGCUUCCGGCGGAUUUGAUUGAUCAUUACGACAUUGGAUGUGAACUGAUCCCGGCUACAAAAAUGACGACCUACAAAGUUGAUUGGGUCGAUGGAAAACAGGAAAUGCUGAACGUAAUCAUCGAUGACAGUACCGGAGAAUCUUGGAAAUUGUCCUUGAGCAAAGGAGAUAUACUUUGUCUCAAAGUUGCUCCAAACGUAAGCAUACCGCUUAUUACAAGCCAUAAAUUCAAAGUGACUACCGAAAUAUCAAAUAACGAUAUUUCCAAAUCGCUCCGAAAACGGUUCGUUAUUCAACGAAAGAUGACACAAUUCGAACUGGCGGAUAUUGAGCUAGUAUCUUCGGGAGGCUUCUUGGAGGAUAAUGCAAUGGAGUUCCGUGUCGCUAUUGAACCGUUGAAUGUUAUUGAAGCCCAUGAUCAUUACAAACAAGAAGUUACAAUGAUGAAAAACUCCAUGGAUCAAAUGAAAACCUUAAUGAACGCGUCGAGAGAAUCCCUUGACGCAUUGAAAGCGAAUACAGAUAGUCUGAAGAACUUCUCAGUCGGAUAUUUCGCUCUGGAAUACGGCAACAUUCAGAAACAACCUAAGAGUGGAUUCGUCUCUCCUAAUGUUAUCGAUUUCAAUGGUAAUGAAUGGAAGAUGGAAAUAAAAUUUGAACGCGAUGAGUUCAAUAAGAUCCUGCUCAGUGCUUACAUAUUCCCGGCUCGUAUCAUCAACACCAGUGAACAUGCUCGUCGUUGCACAUAUUUCAUCGAGCUUAUGCAUUCCAAUCCCGACGAGAUCGUUCGUGGUUAUGCGGAGAACUUGUUCGAAGUUAACGGAUUGGGUCGUGGCUGGAAAGGAUUCAUCGAACGUAUGCGUGUUCUGAACGAUGUUGGGUUCGUGAGGCAUGGAAAGGUUUGGUUCCGCUACGGCGUUCGUCCAUCUGCUUAAUUUGCACGACAUCGAUGAUGUCGCUUUUAAUUGUUUUACGUAAUUGAUUAAUGACCCAUGUGCGGCCAUUUACGAUACAUUUGACUUUUUUGUUGUUGCAUCUUUGAAUGCAGUCAGUUGAAUUAGAAGAAAAUAAAAUGAUAACAUUUUUAAA